AUGUCCACACAGGCGGCGCGGAGCAUCCGCUUCACGCACACUUUUCCGCAGCAAGGGUUCAGGCUGCUUGAAUUGCCUCCAGAGCUGCUCGAGCUGCUCUCUUCCGACGAUCCUCCCACUCUCUUGCUGAAAUCCCCGCCGCCAGAAGCGUACCAGUCCACCGCCGACUCCAGUGGUGCCCGAGAGUAUGUCAACCUGUGCACGCCGACAAAGACAUUCCGAUUACGACAGGUCCAAUCAUCGAAUUCGAUACACUUGAUACGGCCAAGCAAUGGGAGCAUUCCUUCGGAUAAUGGGGACGCCGAGCUGGACCUCACGGAGACGGUAACCGCAAUCGCGAAGUGCGGGUCCACGUUGGAAUUGCAUACCCUCGAGGAAGGAUUUUCAGCGACUCAAUUCCUGGAGCGGAGCUUGAAACUCUACGAUUGGUUGAGCGUCGACGGAGAUGUGCAGAUGGGAGAAGGAGGAGGGUUGGGCUCUGCUUUAACGUUGUCGGAAAGGAAGAGAGUGAAGGAGGAAAUACUUCGCGACGUUCCGAUGUCCGUGUCUGAGUGCGAGAGUGCAUGGAAGGAGCUCUGCGCAUUCGUACAUAGUGAUACUACAACAGGCGACAAUUCCGGUCUCACUGGCUUCCGGCCGUCUGCAAGGGUGAAGCUCGACGUCUGGAAGAGAAUGGUCGAAGGCUCCGUUUUGCAGGGGAUCGAUAUGGAGAAACAGUUUCUUGUCAAGGACCUGUGGAAAGCUGUUCUUGAUGAGGAUGGAGAGGAGCCUUUCCCUCAGCCGUUAUUCGAAGCCGUCGUAAGGAGGCUGGCCGAGUCGUCCGGAUCGAAUGACGCCCAGGCUUAUGAUUCAGAACUGAAAUGGUCGAACUUGGACAAGGUCGUCAGCAUCAGAUGGGUUGGUGAGACGUACCUAGAGGUCUCUGCACCAACGGCAGCCUCCGCAAUCGGCCGAACUGAAUUCAUCAAUGGCUGGAAGGAUUUGUUACCAGAGUCCUGGCGGGACCAGGCGACAUUGGAUGCGUUGACGGUUCGCGAUAUUCCAUUCCCCUCUCGAUUUGUGUUCAGCCUUGUUGACUGUCUUAUGUCCAGGAGGGCACUUACAAGUAUCCGGACCCGACUUCAAUAUGCUUCGUGUAUGAGUCUGAACGCCAGAAGAUGA